AUACCUUUGGACAAAGAAAGAACCAAAACAAAGAGAGAGUAAGAACCCCUUCUUUUUCUUCUUCUUCUUCUCUUCUUUGUUCAAAUUUCAAAUUACCCAACACAAGACUUAUAGUAUUGAUUACAACUUCACAAUUGUUGUGGAAUGGAAUUCGAGGAAGAUCAAGAGGAGCAAGAGGAAGAGCUGUGUGUGGGAGGAGCGAGUUACGACUCGCUGCCCAACACCCGGAUGAAGAUGCCGGGUGGGGCAGAAGCAAUCAUGCUGGCUCAGCCCGUGAGGAAUAACACUGGUUCCGUCAAGGCAAGGUACAGGGAGUGCCUCAAGAAUCACGCCGUCGGCAUCGGAGGCCACGCCCUCGACGGUUGCGGCGAGUUCAUCGCGGCGGGAACAGAAGGCACGCUCGACGCUCUCAAAUGCGCAGCCUGCAACUGCCACCGCAAUUUCCAUCGCAAGGAGACCGACGCCCCCACGCUCGCCGGAGACCCAUUCUUGCUCACGCACCAUCCGCACCCCCACGCUCCGCCGCCGCCGCCGCAGUUCGCGGCGUAUUACCGAAUGCCGUCGGGUUACCUGCACGUGGGGGGACAGCAGAGGGGGGCGCUGGCGCUGCCGUCGACGUCCGGCGGCUGCGGCGGCGGAGGGACCCAGAGCACGAGGGAGGAGCAGGAGGAUGUUUCGAACCCGAGUGCAGGAGGUGGAGGGUCGAAGAAGAGGUUCAGAACGAAGUUCACGCCGGAGCAAAAGGACAAGAUGCUAGAGUUCGCGGAGAGGUUGGGGUGGAGGAUUCAGAAGCACGACGAAUCUGUUGUCCAAGAGUUCUGUAACGAAACUGGGGUUAAGCGUCAAGUUCUCAAGGUUUGGAUGCAUAACAACAAACACACUCUUGGUAAGAAGCCCUAGCAAAUUAAACCAACUAAAACCCCAGAUAAAAUAAACCAAAAAAAUUGAUAAUUUUUUCAUCUGGGGUGUGCUUCCUUCUCUCUCUCACUACGCUGCAUCAAUGGUGAACUUUUGGCUCUUUCUCUCUUCAUUUCUGAGCCGGGAGUAAUGUAUAUUGGUUAAGUAUUAUGGCGUUGGACGGUGGGGAACUUGCGUUGCUGAUAUUGUAAAAGCCUAGUACUAUAGUUCAGCGAAAUGAUUUUAGGGUUUCUUUCUAUUUUUAUAUUCUUCUCAUUUGAGAAAAAGGUUUGGCUGUGUUAGUGUUUGAGCAUGUAGGCAAGGUUUUACCUCAAUUAGAGCAUAAUAUUAUUGUUGGUGAAGUAAUUUUUGUUUUAUUUUUAUUUCAGUGUCAAAAUCAGUUUUUGUUUUUUUAUGCCACAUGUGCUAGUAUUAGCAAAUGUUGUCGUGGUAGGUGUUGUGGUAACGGUGGCGAUGCGUUUGGAAUCUCUUUUUGCGUGGACGAUAUCAGCUGUACAGAGAGAUGAUGAAGAUUUUGUUUGGAGUUUGAAACUGGAUGACGAUGAGGCUAAACCUCUAGUUUGUUUGUCUAAAUACUGAUACUCUAUCCUAAGACAGUUGUAGGAAGCAGGAACUUUCUCGGAAGCAUCAAUGCGUUCUCACCUGCAUUUCCGUUUUUCAUGUCUUUCUACACGUCUUUGCUUGUCUCUGCCUCUUUCACUUCUUCUUUGGCCAACGGCAAAGCUUUUUGGCCCCUCCCUCGCACUGAAAAAAGUGAGAAACAUCUUCGUCCUAGUGUCUGAUUUCACCAUCAUCAUCAUGCAUUUUCAAUUUUUUCGGAUUCCUAUUUGUUUUUUCUUUCUCCUUUAUUCUCACUAGCUUUGGUGAUUUCCCUUUGUAUAGUAUUCGACGUAUUUUAAUUUAUACAAAGCAAAAAUAUAGUUUUAGAUAUAUGUUAGAUUUCCCUUUGUAAUUAAACUUUAGAGUACAUAGGGCAUUAAUCGCAUACAUAAGAAUUUCUUUGUUCAUUAUUAUCACAAAUGAGAAAUCACCAACGCUUUGUUAAGUUGGUAUAUUCAAUUCAUUGUGGAGAAGGCCGGAACCAGAUAUUUGUCUGUAUCAAUCAAUAACAUUUUCU